AUGAAAGCCGGAAUUGAGCUUAUAAGUCACAGCCAGGCUUCUCACGCCACAUAUGCUAAUUCUAUGACCCUUGCAGAAAAGGGGCCACAACGUUUAAAAAGACAAUUCAAAGAACACAGUUCUUCAAAGGAAAGUAACGUAAGUCGUUGGCUAAAGAUUUUCAUAAGACAGUUUGAUAUUUGGUUUCCUGAAACGAUACCAACAAUGAAAGUGAGAUACGAACUGCUUAGAAAAAACUUCAUUAAAGAAAUUUUCAACUCAAGAGCAUUUAUCUACCCAUUCUUAGGGUUUUAUGAAGUGCUGACGAAUCCUGUUUAUUGGAAGCAUAUUUUACUGUUUGCGGUUUGCUAUGCCCUGAUUUUUGUCACUAUUGCUGGUCUCUUUUAUGUCACACUUGUACCGCUUUUAGUGACAUGGGCCAUACUGUUAUUAGGGCCUCUUGGUGUGAUACUGGUUCAUAUUCAAUGGAUUUUACAAACGAAUGUCUUGACUGCCUUUGUUUGUAGAACACUGGUCCUGACCCAUAUUACGAAUCAGAUAUUUGAUAUAUCUUUGGUGUUGCAAGACCAAGAUGAAUUUCUAAACGAGGUGAAGGUAUUGCCUAAACCACAAAAGCCACAUAGAAAAAUCGAUGAACCUGAUGCGGUGAGAAAUUUCAACACAAUAAAGGGAAGUCGGAUUUUUAAGAUUCCCAGAUUACUAUUCAGAAUGUUUUUUAAAGUCUCCAAUUUUACUUCACUAACAUUACUGUCGCUAAUUCCUAUUGUAGGACCAAUCUUGGCAAAUCAACUAAUGGCCCCAAAAAGAACCUUUACCUAUUUGCAGAGGUACUUUUUACUAAAGGGAUUCAGUAAGAAACAGGCCAAAGAUUUUCAGUACGAGCAUUACGCAAGUUUCAUAUGUUUCGGUAUGUCUGCCGGUCUACUAGAGUUAAUACCCUUCUUCACAAUAGUCACCAUAUCUAGCAACACUGUUGGUGCAGCUAAAUGGUGUACUUCGCUACUAAAGGGUGAAAGAAAGAAGGAAUGA